AUGGCCAGCUGGUUUACCUCCGUUUCUCCUCUCGAUGAGCAAAUCGAGAAGGCAACCUUGUCUAGUCUGGAAGACAUUGCCACUAGCCUUGAGAUCUCCGACCUGAUUCGAUCAAAGACAGUCCAGCCCAAAGAUGCUAUGCGAUCGCUGAAGAAACGCAUUGGCAACAAGAAUCCGAACAUCCAGCUAUCGACAUUGAAGCUUACAGACACCUGUGUGAAGAAUGGAGGAUCGCACUUUCUGGCUGAAAUUGCAUCGAGGGAGUUUAUGGACAAUCUGGUGUCGUUGCUGAAAGCAUACGGAGGAGCCGCCGUCAAUGAAGAUGUCAAGCAGAAGAUACUGGAACUCAUACAAACAUGGGCCAGCGCUACUCAAAACCGAUAUGAUCUUUCCUACGUCAACGAGACAUAUCGAACCUUACUCCGCGAAGGCUUUAGGUUCCCACCCAAAGUCGAGCUCUCGAGCAGCAUGAUUGACAGCAGCGCGCCACCGGAAUGGACUGAUUCAGAUGUCUGCAUGCGGUGCCGAACUCCAUUCACUUUUACAAACCGCAAGCAUCAUUGUCGAAAUUGUGGGAAUGUGUUCGAUCAGCAAUGUUCAAGCAAGACUAUACCAUUACCACACUUGGGAAUCAUGCAGCCAGUACGCGUGGACGAUGGGUGCCACGCCAAAUUGACGAGUAGACACUCUGGAUCAUUUGGUGGAGAACGACGGGUUUCAUUUGCGCCCAAACCAAGCACCAUGCAGCCCCGGAGUGCUAGAAUAGAAGGAACUAGCUUCGACGAAGACCUGCGACGAGCUCUCGAGAUGAGUUUAGAAGAUGCCAAGGGUGGUGCGCCUGGUUCCGGUUAUGUACCGCAGUCACAUCUGAAGAAGACGACGCCUUCAACAAGGACAAACGGAAUUCAGAACGAAGAGGAUGAUGAUCCAGAUUUAAAGGCAGCGCUAGCUCUGUCUUUAAAGGAGGCUGAGGAGCAAGCCAAGAAGCAUGCCGCGUCAAUGAAGAGGUCAACAGAAUCGGGAUUAGAUUCUCAAUCAAGACAACCGUUUGUGAUGCCCAAAAAUGACUAUGAGCUGAGCAUCGUGGAAGCAGAAAAUAUCAAUCUGUUCUCUACUUUGGUCGAUCGACUCCAACACCAGCCACCGGGCACCAUUCUCCGGGAGCCACAAAUUCAAGAACUAUACGAAAGCAUUGGAAAGCUUCGGCCUAAGCUGGCAAGGACAUUAGGAGAAACAAUGUCCAAGAAUGACACUCUUCUAGACCUUCACGCCAAGCUUUCCACUGUCGUCCGCUACUACGAUCGGAUGCUUGAGGAACGAAUGUCAAACACAUAUAGUCAACGAACUAAUUCUUAUAGUGGCUAUGGUGUCCCGUCACCGCAGAUUUCAGCACCACAAUCUAAUAUGUACCCGUCUAUAGCAUCACAAGCUGGGCCGCCGGCCAACCACACAGGUGCAGAGAAUUACUAUUUUAGUAAUGCACCAGUCGAUUCGUAUGCGCCUCCUGCCAAUGCUCAUCAAACCUACCAACAGGCAUAUACGACCCAUGACAUUCCUACAUCACAAUACGCGGCUCAACAACAACAACAAGCACCUCCUCCACAGUCUCAACCCAGCUAUCCACCAGCUGAACAGCAGCCGUGGCAUAGCCAACCACAACCAUCAUCCCCACAAGUAUAUUCUCAACCACCCCCAACAUCCACCCAGCAACUACCGUCACAGCAAUACCAACCACAGCAGAUGCCCCAGCCUCAGCCAGAACAUCAACAGCAACCGUCGCAUCCAACCCAGCAACCACAGUCUCCGUACCAACAGCAGCAACCUCAAUCGCCUUAUUCACAGCAGCAACCACAAUCGCCUUAUCCACAGCAGCAACCAUCUCAACCACAAAAUCACCAACAGCAAUAUGACCCAUCGCAGCAACAACAACAACCGCAACCGCCGCAACCGCAGCAACAACCUCCACCACGCUCGCAGCCACAAUCCAAUGUCCCAUACCCAGCUUUCACAACUUACACACAAGACCAAUUCCCUGCCGCGCCCCAGCAUCAACCCAUGCCCACCAUGCAACAACAAGUAGAGCAGCCUCGGCCUGUCGCUGUGGAGGAGAGCUUGAUUGAGCUGUAA